CGAGCGUGGGGCAGCAAUACAGUAUUUUAGUGACGGUGUAAAUUAUAAGUUUAAAACCGAAUGCUAAAAUGCAGUUAAUGGGCAUGCUAGUUAAAUUAUUCUGCCCCUUUAUUUCCAUUUAUUUAUAGCCAUGUUAGCGAGUUAGACGCUUAAAUGCACUACGUUUUCCACCCAAACGGAGUGCAGACCAAUGCAAAAAGCUGUUUUUUAAAUGAAGUGUUUGCCUAAUUCAGGUCACAGCCAUUUCUUUGGACAGCACUGUCUACUGAUCAUAGAUGCUUCCUAUUUCCUGUUCUAUGUGUGGUCCUGCAAAGUGUGUGACUGAAGUGGAAGUGAGAGUGAAAGUCAGAUUCCAGGCUUUUCUUCAUCCAUGGCGUCCAGCAGUAUGAGUCUCAGCGAGGAUCUUACCUGUGCCAUUUGCUGUGACUUGUUCAGAGAGCCAGUCAUGCUUGGCUGCAUGCAUCACUUCUGCAGGCCAUGCAUCACUACCUACUGGAGAGGUAUCAGGGGUCCAGCGGUGUGUCCUCAGUGCCGCAGGGAGUUCCCCAAAAAACAGUUUCAGACCAACUAUCUGGUAGCUGGCCUGGUUGAAAAGGUCAGAGCGUGUUCAUCAGAUGAGUCUGUGAGGAAUUUACAGAAGCAGAUUAAGGACAGUCUGGACUCUCAGAACUUGCAGAAAGAACAUCUACUCACCAUGAUCCAUAAAGAUGAAGAACAGAUGAAGACAUUAAGAAAAGUGGGAGCUGAGCUCAAGGAGAGGGUGAGGUGCGACUUCCAGGCUCUGCACCACUUCCUGCAAGUGGAGGAGGCGGCCAUGCUGGACCAGCUGAGGAGGGAUCAGAUGGAGCUGGAACACAGCCUGGAACGCCACCUUGAGGCACUGCAUACAGCUGUUCGAGAACUGGAGCAGACUAUGGGCUCAGUCCAAAUAGCUACCAGCAAUGUAGAGAACAUGGCACCUGUGAAGCUGCCAGAAUUAAAUUCCAGAACACAUGUUCCAGCCAUCAAAGGGCCUUCCAUUGAAGGUUUUAAGAGCAAAUAUGUAGCUCCUCUUCAGUACACCUUGUGGCGAAAAAUGUUUAAAAAUUUAAAACCAGGCCCAUUUCCACUGACCUUUGAUGAGAACACAGUUCAUCCAAGCCUUCAGCUCUCUCAAGACAGGACCCAAGUGGUCGAGACUGAAGCCAUGCUGCCCUAUAAACCCAAUCCGAAGCGCUUCGUUCAGUGUGUUAAUGUUCUCGGAGCCCAAGGAUUUCAUACAGGCAGACAUUACUGGGAGGUCGGCGUUGGCACCAAGCCCAAGUGGGACAUAGGUGUUGCCCUGGAAACAGUGAAUCGACAGGCACGUGUGAAGCUGUGCCCCAGUAAUGGGUACUGGACCCUGCGUCUGCGCAACAACACGGAGUACUCUGCAGGCACCCAACCCUGGACCGCUGUGCGCGUGACUUCUCGACCUCUAAGGAUUGGGGUCUUUUUGGACUGUGACGAGCACAUAGUUUCCUUUUACAACGCUGAUGACAUGAGCCUGCUCUACUCAUUCUCCAGUGGGCCCAGAGGGAAGGCUUUUCCAUUCUUUAGCACAUGCCUCAGUGAACCUGGGCAGCAAGCUCAGCCGAUCCAUGUCCUGCACUACCAAAGGAUGGGUGUCUGAGAACCCUGAUAGCUGGAAGCUUCAGAUCUUCAUAUGAUAUAUAUAUAUAUAUAUAUAUAUUUUUUACAGGUUGCUGUUAUCACUUACAAAGCUCAGCAUACUUGUUUUAGUGAUGAUACAGUUGUCGCCAUUCACAUUUUAUUCUUGCUUAUUCAAUAUUUCAUAUGUAUAAUCUACUCUGGCAUUAAAUGUAUGAACAAAGAUCAAUCACGGUUCUUUAAUCUCAUUAUCCUGCGAACAGUUGGGAAUAGCUGCCCAAAGAUAUGAUUUCGCUCAAACAAUUGACAGUGAUGAAGCAAAGCAUCAUCGCUAAGCUUGCCAUGUUGCACAAGCAGUGUGAACCUAGUCUGAAAUUUUGUCUUUGUGAAAACGUCACAGACUCUUAUCACACAGAAUUUAUUUGUACCUGCGCUUGAGCAUUUUUUGUUAACUAUAGCAAUACUAGAUGAACUGUAAAUAUUUGUUUCAUGGAUAACUAUUUUCUGAUGUGUUCAAUCAUUAAUUAAUCUGAAACUUCCUAUUCAGACUUACCAUACUGUGUAUGUAACUAAUAUACAGUAAUAAAUCAAAUACAUAUUGGCCAAACUGCUUAUGCUGCAA